UUUUACAGCUCUUAAAAGCUCUGGUCCUCUCUAUGUGUGGUUGCCUAUCAGUUGCUUCACAGAUACCAUUAACCCACAUGUACUCUUCUUCUUUUUCAUUUUCUCUCCUUUUUUCUUGCUUUUGAUUCUUCAUUUUCAUUUUGUCUCUUCAGCUCUGUUUCAAAGGUGUCUUUUUUGCUCCUCUGAGAAGCUUGCUUCAAACAUCAGAAGGAAGAUUGUUAUCCAAAGUACUUCAUUUUUCAAAUGGGGGCUUCAGGCAAAUGGGUUAAAGCAUUGAUAGGACUCAAGAAACCUGAUAAAGAUGACCAUGAAAAAGUUGGUGGAAAGGGCAAGAAAUGGAGGAUAUGGAGGAGUUCAUCAGGAGAUCUUGGUGGGUCCUCGUGGAAAGGUUUCAAAAGAAAUGGGGGAACAAUUGGUGGGUCAGAUUUCUCUUCUGAUUCUUCAUCUGUGAAUAAUGAUGCUUUCACUGCUGCUGUAGCAACUGUUGUGAGGGCUCCUCCUAAAGAUUUCAGAGUUGUGAGGCAAGAAUGGGCUGCUAUUAGAAUCCAAACAGCAUUCAGAGGAUUCUUGGCAAGAAGAGCUUUAAGGGCUUUGAAAGGAUUGGUGAGACUUCAAGCCAUAGUCCGUGGCAGGCAGGUUCGGAAACAAGCUGCUGUAACUCUUAGGUGCAUGCAAGCUCUUGUUCGUGUACAAGCCCGGGUCAGAGCUCGUCGUGUUCGUAUGUCUGUAGAGGGACAAGCCGUGCAGAAGGUGCUGGAUGAACGCCGGGCAAAGGAUGAGCUCUUGAAACAGGCUGAGCAAGGGUGGUGUGAUAGCAGAGGAACCUUGGAAGAGGUUAAGGCAAAGAUACAAAUGAGGCAAGAAGGAGCUUUCAAGAGAGAGAGAGCUCUUGCAUACUCUCUAGCACAGAAGUGGAAACCAAGCCAAAGUACUGGUUCCAGCACGCAUUUUUCUGUACCAUCACUAAAAAACCAAGAACUUGAUAAGAAUAGCUGGGGCUGGAGCUGGCUGGAAAGAUGGAUGGCGGCAAAGCCUUGGGAAAAUAGAUUAAUGGAACAAACCAAUUCUGAACCUGUGGAGACAACUCCAUUAUCUAGGACCUGCCGGGAAAUUAAUUGCAAACUGAAAGAUUUCAAAGGAAACCCUUCUCGGUUGUCUGAACCUAGUUCAGUGAAAGUAAGGAAGAACAAUGUCACGACAAGGAUAUCUGCAAAACCUCCACUGGUUGCACAAGCUACCCACUCGUCGUCCAGUCCAAGUUCUGAUUUCAGGCACGAUGAGAGCUCGGCUUCAUCUUCAAUAUUAACAACCACAACUCCAGUUUCUGGGAACACCACUUCAGAUAGAACAGAAGAAACCAGCAGCAGGCCAAACUAUAUGAACAUGACAGAAGCUACCAAGGCAAAGCAGAGAAGAAAUAGAAUUCAAAGGCAGUCCAUGGAUGAAUUUCAGUUUCUUAAAAAGUCGGUGGCAUUCAGUAAUGGGGAUUCAAAGAGCAGUGCUGGCUCUGAUCCUUACAAGUUCUCGUCAAGGAAGUUGACAGAUAAAGAGGGUGGCUUGUAGAACUAACCUUAAUAUUUGUCUUGAAUUUACAACAGCUUGUUGUUGUUAUGUUAAGAAGUGUGUAACCAGAUGGUGUCUGAAAUGAGGACUUAAGGUAUGAUUGAAUUCUGCAUCUGUAAAGUUGUAAGUUAAGAUUUUUGGAUCGUUUUACAUGCUAUUCACCUGGUAAGAUUUGUUUGGAGUAA